AUGGUUAAACACCGCGUGGUUGCCGUUGUGAAGGCCAAGCUGUCGGCUCUCUGGAUAGCGGCGCAGGUGGAGCUCCAGGGCCAGUAUUCCACGCAGCGGCAACGACACGAGCGCAUUACGAGUAUUCUUCGUGUUGGUGCUGACGCCACUGCCCUGUCUAAUGAUCACGACGUGGUGCAAUUGCGCCCCAUCACGGCGGGGGUCCACGCGAACGAUCUCUUCUUCGUGCGCGCGUUCGUGUCUUUCUGGGUCGCCAGCGUCAUGACGUACGUCCAGUUCAAGCACAUUGUGGCGGAGGCGCCGCUGUCCUCCGCGCAGAUUACUAUCAGUGGGGCUGUGGUGGGAGGCCUGACCGCCGCUGUGAUGUACGCGCUCGCUCUCGUUAUCGGAUUUCCGCUGCCUUUCAGCAUUGCAGUGGUGUCUCCAGCUUGGCUCACACUUCUCUUGCUGCCCUUGACUUCGUGGAUAAAGCGAGUUUACUCUAAUCAUACGGUUUGGUCUCACGUGGUAAACUCGCUCAAAGUAAUGAUGUGCCAGGAGACGCUCAUUGUUGUCUACCCGGCGUACUUUUACAUUUUCACGACGAUCCCAUCAAGUGGCAAGACGGCGUUUGCCCUUCUCUUACCGGUUAUCAAGCUCGUCUUGAGGAAUUUUAUGGCCAAUGCGGUCGCGCAUUUGAACGACGAUGUCCCCGAGGUCGUAAUUCUUAACGUCGAAGUGUUUAGUGCGCUGUUCGUGGCGUAUUGUAUGCAGAACACGCCGUCUGUCAAGACGACGUUCGUGCUGAUGGCGGUGGACGCGCUUCAGAUGAGCGCGUCGCUGUAUGAUAUUGGCCACGUCAUUCAGCGCAUGAAGACGUUUAGGAGAGAAAUUAAAGCUGCCCCGAUUGAAGACCAACAGGAAUCCCAAAUUGCGGCUGAACUACGUGGAAGUGGUGAUCCCGUGUAUUUUCUGUGA